UGGAGUGUAUGCAAAUUUCCAUCAUACAAACUGAGGUAGCAGACUUUGUGAAAACUCAUUUUUGUGUCUUUCUCAAAACUUUUGGCCACGACUGUAUGAUUGAAACAGAGUACAAGGCUGGGAUGGGGAUUGAAACCAUAACUCGCAUACAAACAAGACAAUUAACACCAUCUCCUGGCCACUAAGUGAUACUGCACACACCGUAUGUUGAUUGGCAAUCCACCCCUUUUCCAGCCUUAAAAUAAAUAUAAGUAAAUUCAAAAAUCUUAUCUUUAUGUAUUCAUAUGAUAUAUGUGUGCUCGCCCCUGUCCCUGCAUAUGGUAAGUGUCCUUCCCCAGAGUCCUUUUCCUGCCCUCUGUGUGGAGACAGUAAUGAGAGUCAUGCGGGCCAUCUGUCUGUGGCAAGAAAAGGCCUAGUUUAUUCCCUCAGACCAGCUCUAUGGGUUGGGAUAGGGCUGUGUCUGUCUUGGGAGCCCAGCCCCUCAGGUUUCUUAGUUGCCAAGGGAGGAGGGUAAUGUCCACUGCACAACCCCAGGACACUGCUACUGUGCAGGGAGGGACAUGAACACCACUCCUACGGACAUCCAGAUGUUGUGGAGCUAACUGUUCAUCAACUCAUCAAUGUUUGUGUCCCUUCUUAUGUAGUGUGACAGGGCCUAACUCUGAAAGUAAGAGGGGUCUGGGGCGUACCUUGGAGAGCUCCAUCCAUGAGCUCUGAACACCAUGACCUUUCAGAAGUCUUCGUCAACCUCUAGCAUAUUCCACAUGCUCAUAUUAUGGUUUGUCAUUGUCCUGUUUUGCACUGAUGGUUUGACAGCUGGGAUGGGGACGACACCUAACCUGAAACACAUUGUGAUUGGUCGAUGUUACAGCUACAUAACACUAGUUUGGCCUAAUUCCAGAUAUGACUGUGAGGAGAUCUGGAGGGAGUUUGAGGAGGCUGUAAUGAGGAAGUCUCGCUGUAACGUGAAGGUUAAGGACUACAAAAGGAUGUUCCAUGCCACACCACAGACUCUGACAUGUGGUAAGUUGCUGUUCUGGAGUAAGACCAGGGAGCUGAUACACAGCUAUGCAGCUGCAACACGUCGUUUUUGGACCCUGGAGGACACGCUGGUGGGAUACAUGUUCAAUGACCUCAUCUGGUGCGGACAGGAAGAGAAAGACAGAGGCUUUGAUUUCAACUCUUGCCCAGACUGGUCAACGUGUGUUCACCAUCCUGUCUAUUCCUUGUGGAGACAAGCCUCACAAAACUUUGCUGCAGCGGCAUGUGGCAACAUCACAGUGCUGCUCAAUGGAUCCAUAGAGAAUGCUUUCAACAGGAAAAGCAUGUUUGGGGGUGUGGAGCUGGACAGCCUGAACCCCAGAAUGGUGGAUCAUGUCAACAUCAAGGUGGUGGCCAACCUGGAGGGACCCUUCAUAGAAUCCUGCACUCAGGGUUCCAUUGUGGAUUUGAUCAAUGUCCUACAGACCAGAGGGUUCCGCUGGACCUGCACAGACAGUGACCUAACUCUGAUGAUCCUCCAGUGCAUCCAGAACCCUCAACAGUUCUCCUGCCUGCCCUGUGCUAACAGCCUACUGCACAGACAGAGGCCACAUCUAUAGAUGGGUUACAUCCACCCUAAAAAUAUUACCCCCAUAGUAGGCUGUCACUUUUCAGUGCAUUAUACUCUAUCCAAGUUGUCUUUAGAUAUACACACAUUUUGCUGUUUGUUUACCAUGUCUGUUGAUUUUAACUGAAAUAAAGACAGAUUCAUUAUAUUUAUGUGAUAAUGACAUCAUCAAAACUGCUCUGUGAUUGGUCCUUUCAUAAUGACAUCAUCAUAGCCCUGCUCUCUGAUUGGUCCCUAA